GUUUAUAAACCUGAUGGAUGGGAGAUAGAACGAGAUAAAAUUCAACUAUUAGAUAAAACAUUAGGUAAAGGAUCAUUUGGAAAAGUCUGGGAAGCUGUUGCGAAAGACAUUUUACCAUCACAAAAAGAACCUAUUAGAGUUGCAGUAAAGAUUGUAAAUGAAGGAGCUGGCUUGUAUGAUAGAAUUACAUUUUUAAAAGAGGCUUCUAUAAUGAAGGAGUUUAAAUGUUAUCAUGUAGUAAGGUUAUUAGGAGUUGUAUCUAUAGGACAACCAGCAUUAGUCAUCAUGGAAUUAAUGAAAAAUGGAGAUUUAAGAAAUUAUUUACGUUCCUGCAGACCAAAUGCAGAGAAUCCAAGAAAUAAUCCAACACUUGGUUUAAAAGAUAUUUUACAGAUGGUAGGAGAGAUAGCAGACGGUAUGGCGUAUUUGGCAGAUAAAAAAUUUGUACAUCGAGAUUUAGCAGCCAGAAAUUGUAUGGUUUCAGAAAAUAAUGUCGUCAAAAUAGGAGAUUUUGGUAUGGCUAGAGACAUUUAUGAAACAGAAUAUUAUAAAAAAGCUGGCAAAGGAUUGCUACCAGUGAGAUGGAUGGCACCGGAAUCUUUAAAAGAUGGUGUAUUUUCAACCAUGUCAGAUGUUUGGUCGCUGGGUGUGGUUAUAUGGGAAAUGGCAACAUUAGGAGCACAACCCUAUCAAGGUCUCUCUAAUGAAGAAGUAUUAAAAUAUGUAGUCAAUGGUAAUAUUAAUAAUAAACCCGAAGGAUGUCCUGAUAAAUUAUAUGUGAUAAUGAAGUGUUGUUGGAGAUAUAAACAUACUGAACGGCCCACAUUUAAAGAAAUUAUAGAAAUGGUUAUACCAAAGUUAAAUCCAAGUUUUAAAGAUGUAUCGUACUUCUUUAGUGAAGAGAACACAAAUAAGGAACGAGAACUUCCGUGUAAUGUAGACAAUCUAGAAGCUAGAGCAUAUCCCCAAGAUUUAGACACUUGUGUUGAAUACGAUACCCAUGAUGAAUCAACUAUACCAUUUAUAGAACAUCAUACUGAUAGGCUUCACAAUCAGCGCUGUCCCAGUGUGUUGCAUUUUAAAAACUCGGGGCCUUGUGAAUGUGUCAUGUUAGAUGAGUUGAAUAGUGAGGGUAUCAGCCUUAAUAACUGUAACCAUGCCGACAAUGAAGGAAGCUGUAAAAAACCGGAACAGCAUGUUUGCUAG